AUGGAAGACAAUCCAACACAAGAAAUUCCGGCUUACGUUAGGCAUCGUGGAUGGCAAGUGAAAAUGCGAAUCGCGGUGGUGAUACUCAUCUUCAUUGGUUCAAUGAUCAUUUACUGGUUCGUUAGUUCGAAUAUGGAAAAUCGGCAGGAUGGUAGACAUAGAGGGUCGAUCAGUGGGAAGUCUCGUAAAAUGGCUCAUUUGGAAAGGCUGUCUGAUCAAGUCUUACCAUUAGAAUACACUUUGAAAAUAUUACCCAUAUUGGAAGAGAAUAAUUUCACAAUGAUCGGUGAUACACAGAUUCAAUUUUAUUCCAAAGUACCGACUAAACAUAUACGAUUUCACGCCCGUAAGCUCCUUAUACAAGACAUUAGCGUGAAGGAAUUUCGUUCGUCGAAUGCAUCAAAGUUAACGAGCACAUACGCUGUAAUGGAUGAUGAAGAGGAUUUUAUCGAUGUAUUUCUUUUACAUGUAUUGAUAACGGAAAAAAUUUACAUUUUACACAUAAAAUAUAUGAUCCCGUUAUAUCAAAAACCAAAAGGGUUUUUCAGGAGCGCACACAUUGACCAUAAUACAAACGAAACCAGAUGGAUAGCGGUGUCAAACUUCUCCCCAGAUUACGCUCGAUCAGCUUAUCCAUGCUUCGACGAGCCGUGGAUCAAAACGCCGUUUCGCAUCUCGAUUGGCAGAAAGUCUAACAUGCGAUCGCACUCGAAUUCAAUGCGCAAAUUCACCGAGGAAAUACAUGACAUGCCGGGAUAUGUUUGGGACCAUUAUGAGAAAACCUUUCGUAUGCCCACUUACGUGGUUGCUUUUAUGGUCACCGAUUUUUCGAGUUACGAUGUUGCUGUCACCGAUCGACCAUCGCAUACGGUCUUUUUUAGAAAAGAGAUUGCAAACGAUACAAGAUAUGUAGGCGAUCUGAUAUCGAAAAUUCUUCGUGUAGUACAGAAUUUUACUGGAUUUUAUUAUGAAUUAGAUAAAUUAGAUGUGAUUGUAGUUCCUGAACUAGCAUACGCCGCAAUGGAAAAUUGGGGUCUCUUAACGUUUCGAGAAGAUGUUAUUCUUAUAAAGAAAGAUGACAGUAUUAUUGAGUCCAAAAAGUCAAUAGCUAGUAUCGCGGCACACGAAGUCGCUCAUCAAUGGUUCGGUAAUUUGGUAACGCCAAAAUGGUGGGACGAAGUGUGGUUGAAAGAAGGAUUCGCCUCAUUUUUCGGAUUCCUAGCAUUAAACGCAAUUGAGCCUACAUCUUGGAAUCUACAGACCCAUUUCCUGAUCGGAUGUCACGACGUAUUUGAUAACGAUGCCGGCGAAGCAGCACACCCGUUACAUAUUGAUCUGAGGAAAAUGAACAAGCUCACUGGCGUCUUUGAUUUGACAUCAUACGUCAAGGGUAAUUGCAUGACGCACAUGAUCUAUCAUUUUCUGGGCGAGCGAAUCUUUCUCUCGUCUGUGCGCCACUACAUGCGCACAUAUCACUAUCGCAAUGCCGAUCAAGAGGAUCUUUGGAGCGUUUUUCAGAUGGAGAUCGAUGAAGCGAACGGGCUAUCGGCUUCCUCAGGGCUCCGCAUGAAGGACAUUAUGCGAACUUGGACGUAUCAGGCCGGACUCCCUGUCCUGCACGUCCAACAGAAUCGAGAAACCGGUGCGAUCGAGCUUAUGCAGGAUCGAUUUUAUCAUUACGGUCUAAAUAGUACAAGCGAAGAGUUAUGGCACAUCCCGUUGACGUGGACAACCGAAAAUGAACAGCAAUUUGGUAAUACCCUGCCGAAGGCAUGGAUGGUCAAGAAACGCAUGAAAAUUAACGACACUGCUUUGAGCCGGGCUACUUCCAACAACCAGUGGAUUUUGUUCAAUAUAAAUCAAACGGCGUUAUAUCGUGUCAAUUACGAUAUAGAUAACUGGAAAUUGUUGACAAAAUCUUUUCAAGCUCUGCCGGAAAUAACUAAAGUUCAAGUACUAACCGACUCAUCUGCGAUGACUAACGCCGGAUUGCUUGAUAAAAGAAUUAUGUGGAAUAUUCUUGAGAAAAUGGAAAAAGAAAGUGGAAUAAUAUUAUGGACACCUGUAUUGCGUUUAUUAACUACCAUCCAAAAUCGACUUUGGGACUCAAACUUGUUCAAGUUCGUCAUAUGCAAGUUCAUAAAUAAAGUAUACAGCAAGAUCGCACCGACGGUUAUUUAUAAGAAUCCCACGCUGUGGACAGAAUUCGAAAUUAACUUAAUGAAAUCGGCUUGUUCGGUAGAUUAUCAAGCAUGUUUAAUGACGGUUCUUGACUUUGAUCGAAAAAUGCUACAAAACGAAUCAAACUCUUUACCACAAGAAUUUCGUAGUUGGGCGUACUGCACACUCAUGAAAGUUACCACGGAGGAACAAUGGCUGGCACUUUUGAAAAGAUACAACGAAUCAACGGUACAUGAUAAGAAAAGCCUCGCCUUCGCAUUGGGAUGUCAUGCAAACGUGAGUCUGUUGCAAAGAUAUCUGUCCACAAUAUAUUCACAAAAGAAUGUAACGUCUGAAUAUGUAGAAAUAGCUCUAAAGUCCAUAGCGUUAAAUCCACACGGACAUCACGUUGCAACACAGUUUAUAACUCAACAUUGGAAUGAAUUUAACACGAAUACAACAGAAGGAAAUAAUAAUUACGCAAAUGUUACCUUAAUCGGCGUAUUGUAUGCUUUCUCGAAAAACAUUCGUCAAGAAGAGGACAUAGAAUGGCUACUACAACUGAAAGGCAAAAGCGAGAAAUAUGAUACCGUGAUCAACAAGCUUAUUAAUAGAGUUCAGACCAAUGUCGCGUGGUAUAAAAAGGAGAAAAAUGAGACAUUGAAGAUACUAGAAGAAAUUUCUGUAAAAUAUACCGAGACAAUAGAUUGUAAAAAGCAAAGUUAA